UUACGCUUUCUUUAGUUGGCUCUGAUGCAUUUCGGUGUGCGUUGAAUUUUUGUGGGAGAUUUUUCGGGAUUGUUUUCCUCGAUUGUUAGUGAAGAUAAUCGUAAAUAUGGAUAACGAGAAGAGUACUAUGAUCGCUGUUUUGCAGCUUUUGAAGAAGUAUAAUUUUAAGGGAACCGAGGAAUUGUUUAGAAAGGAAGCUAAUCUCACCGAUGUCUCGAUUGACGACGCGCAGCAAUCUGAUUCCGAUGUGACCAGCGUCCUUUCAGCUUACAAGAGCGAGGGAGAUCCUGCGCAAUAUGAGAAAGCAUACAGUGAAUUGAAAAAGUUUGUGGAAGGAGCUUUGGACAUUUAUAAGCACGAGUUGGGAACCAUAUUGUAUCCAGUUUUGGUGCACAUGUAUUUGGAAUUGGUUUAUAAUAAUCAUUCCAAAGAGGCGAAGCAACUCAUGGAGAAGUUCAGUGGGAACUUAGAAGAGUAUUAUCAGGAUGACUUGAAGAGAUUGUCCAAUGUAACAAAACGAGAGCAAAUGGCAGGGAAUGAAUUAACUGACACUUUUAAAUCUAAUCAGUUUAUAAUUAGAAUGUCGAGGGAUACCCUUUCGAUACUAAAACGACAUUUGCAAGAAAAGAAAUAUAGCGUUUUACUAAACAUCAUACAGGAGCAUCUUUACUUUGAUAUGUACGAGGGCGUUGCUCGCAAUAAACAACAGAUAGAAGCAACGUCUGGAGCUCUGGUGGGAGAGGCUACCAGGCAAGAUAACAAGGCCAAAGUAUUUUAUGGACUUCUAAAGGAACCUGAUAUUCAGCCACCUGCCGAAGAGGAGGAAAAGUGUGAUGACACAGGUGGUGGAGAUGGAGACAAGCCGAAGAAGAAAAAAGUAAAGAAGGAUCCUUUGUUUUCAAAGAAGACAAAAUCUGACCCGAAUGCACCACCAGUGGGCAGAAUGCCGUUGCCUAAUCUGAAAGAUGCGGAUAAACUGGAAAAAAUUAAGGCACUGAGGGAAGCAUCAAAGAGAGUUGUUCUUGGACCUGACACAUUACCAUCUAUAUGUUUUUAUACAAUGUUGAACACUACUUAUACUAUAACGGCGGCGGAAAUAGCAGAAGACUCAAGUUUAUUAGCUACCGGAUUUAGUGAUUCUGGCAUAAAAGUAUGGAGUCUACUUCCACAAAAACUGAGGAUGAUGAAAACGGGCGAACAAUUACAGGAUAUUACUAGAGAAGCAGAGGACGUAUUGGUUAGAAUGAUGGAUGAACGAACAUCUGAAACUGUGAGACAUCUCUAUGGCCAUAGUGGACCAAUUUACAGUCUUUCAUUUAGUCCAGAUAGAAAUCUACUGCUUUCAUCAUCGGAGGAUACUACAAUAAGGCUAUGGUCACUGCACACAUGGACAUGCGUCGUCUGUUACAAAGGUCAUCUAUUUCCCGUAUGGUGUGUAAGAUUCUCACCUCAUGGUUAUUACUUUGCAAGCGCAUCGAAUGACAAAACUGCCAGAUUAUGGGCGACUGAUUCUCACCAGCCAUUACGAAUAUUUGCUGGCCAUUAUUCAGAUGUUGAUGUAAUUCAAUUUCAUCCAAAUUCGAAUUAUGUUGCAAGCGGUUCAAGCGACAUGACUGUAAGAUUAUGGGAUUGUGUAACUGGCAGUCAAGUCCGAUUGAUGACUGGGCAUAAAGAACCGAUUUUUUCUUUAGCUUUCUCAAUAGAGGGUCGAUUUUUAGCUUCAGCCGGUGCGGAUCAUCGUGUCCUCAUGUGGGAUUUAGCACACGGCCACCUUGUCGCUGCCUUAUCCGGCCACACGGCUAAUAUUCACUGUCUAUCGUUUAGUCGAGAUGGCAAUAUUCUAGUCUCAGGUUCCUUAGAUUACACACUGAAAUUAUGGGACUUCACAAAGUUAGCGGAAGAGAUGAGCUUGGAAGAUGUCAAUGUUUCGCACAAUCCAGAUGUAAAAACUAACUCGGAAUCUUAUCUACUGCGUACCUUUCCGACGAAAAAUACGUCUGUCCUGGCGCUACAUUUUUCACGUAGAAAUUUACUGCUAGGCGUCGGCAUGUUCGACUCGGGAUAACCCAUGGCUUGGAGAGAGAGAUUUACCAUUUUAUAUACUUAUUUAUAGAAUUUAAAUUUCUAUAUAAAGAGAUUGAAUCAUUAAAAUGUAUCAUAAAAGUUAUCAAUAAAUUUUUCACAAUUAUUA